UCCUGAACACGCCACGCCUGCAUGAGCCAGGCGAGCCGCGACAUACAAAAGCGAAAGGGCAGAGGAGGAGGAAAUAGAUCAAUGCGAAAGGGACUAACAUGAAUUUUGCUCCUUACCAAGACGAAUCUCCCGAGGUCGAACGGGCACUCUCUCCUCCCCCGUUCGCCGACCCAUUCAACCGCACCAAGUCACCUCCAAUUCAACAGCAUCGAUCAACACCACCGCCAAAACAACCUUCACCAAAUCACUACAAUAAAGACAGCAGCGGUAACUACGCCCACACACACAGCAAUGGGUAUUUCAACAUCCACAGUGCGUCAUCAUCAGGAGGAUUUGAGAACACCCCGAGUGACCUAGAAAAUGGCGGCGGACGCGCAGACCUGGGCGCAUUCGAAACUAGUUUGCCCUUGAGGAUGGACUAUGAAGCCAUGCUUGCAUAUUUACUGCUGCCGCCAGCUGGGGGUGUUGUUUUGUUAUUACUUGAACAUAAGAGUGACUACGUGCGAUUCCAUGCAUGGCAGUCGAGUAUGCUAUUUAGUGCUAUAUUCAUCUUACAUCUCAUUUUCUCCGGAUCAGGCGUGAUAUCAUGGCUCAUGUUCAUCGGCGACAUUGUUCUCAUCGCAUUCUUGAGUCUUCAUGCUUAUCACGAUGUCGACUCUCUCGAUCAUUACGAAGUACCCAUAUUCGGACGCCUGGCGAAUUCAUUCGUAGACGAUGAAUAACAUGAAAUGGAAGAACAGUUGAAAGUUUUUUUGUGUACAUAAGAUUUCUCAAGUUUGAUGACACUGUUUUUACUUCUCAUUUUUAUUAUUACGGCUAUACAUCUAUUAAUACAUAGCAGUAUUCUGUGCUAGAUAGAUAACCUCGUAACUUUUCUUAUUGUGUUUGGUCUGUCACAUUCGAAGUUUACCGACACAGGUUAUAUGUUUCAAUUGUAGUUUGCAACAUUGAAAGGUUGCCUCUCAUGCCUGUUCGUAAGCAUCAAUUGAUGCGACUACAAAUGCAGCCCUAUAAUACAAAUUGGUAGACUGUUUUAUUACUAUCCUUACAAUGGUG